AUGGCUACUACAACCGAGCAAACAGAGGGAGUGACUUUGAAACUUCUGGUGAACAAAGACACCAACAAAGUCUUGUUUGCUGAGGCAGGAAAGGACUUUGUGGAUGCUCUGUUUAGCUUCUUAACACUGCCACUGGGAACCAUUGCAAGGCUUGUAGAGAAGAAGUCUAGCAUGGGGCCAGUUUCAGUUGGAUGUUUGAACAAACUCUAUGGAAGUUUAAAAGAGUUUGACAAAGAAUAUAUCAAAAUGGAGGCAAUGAAAGAAAUGUUAUUGCAACCAACAAACUCGUCAGAAAGUUAUUGCAGUACUCUUAAAUUGAAUAUUGAUGAUACCAAACCCACUAAGCACUUCCUAUGUACCAACCAUAAGAAUUGUCCCUCUUCUAAUUAUUUGUACAUUUCCAGAAAUAAGAAAUGUUCGUGUUUGGAUUACUAUAUCCGUUCAGUUUCCCUGAAAAAUCCGUGCAAUGGAUUUGUUAAUGAUGGUACUAGUUUUGUUAUUACUAACGAUUUGGUUGUCAUGCCAAAUUCUGUUCAAUUUACGAGCCUUGGUCUGCUACAAAAUUUAGAUAUAAAUGGUGUGAGCUCAGUAAAAGAAUGGAUAGUGAAUGUCACUAAAGACAAGGUCCUAGAUAUGCUAAAGUGUUCUUUGCUCUCCAACACUACUUUGACUGAUUUGUUUUUAAGAAAGAAACCAUCCUUGAAAAAGUACAAGUUUUUCUCUUGUAAAGUGGAAAACAAAUGUAAUAUUCAAAUCAAUGUCAAGUUAGUUAUAAGAAAAUCAGAUGGGAAGGUAGUGUAUGCUCAAGGGGAACAAGACUUUGCUGAUUUUCUGUUGAGUUUUCUUUCUUUACCUUUGGGAGGAGUUAUGCGUAUAUUACGCGGUAAUUGUUCCAUAGGCAACAUUGAUUCUUUGUAUAAGAGCAUAGUUGAUUUGGAUGAAACUAAAUAUUUCAUUUCAAAGGAAACUAAAAAUAGGCUUGUUGAUUCUCGUUUGUCUCCACAGUUUAAACUAAGCAAGCAGAUACUACCCAUUGACAAUCCACGCUCGGGUUAUUAUUGUUUCUUUAAAGGUGAAAGUUAUGAAAAAAGUAUAAGCGUAUAUGAUUUUAAUGCUUUUAUAACUGAUGCAUAUAGUAGUCAUUGGGGUAAAUAUAAGUGGCUCAACGCCGAAUCAUCAAAAGGAAAUAACGAAGGUUAUGUGAAGGGUCCAAGGGCAUACAUGGCUACAGAUGACUUGGUUUUGACACCAUGGUAUCCAAUUUCUGCUUUACAGUUAAUCACUCAUCUACAAAUUCCGCUCAGUGAUUUAAAGGAGAUUCAUGUCACUUUUGGUGUCAAGGAGUGUUUAAGCAUAUUGAAGGCAUCGCUGAUCUCAACAUCUGCUCUGACAAAUGGUCUUUCUCAUUUGCUACUGAAAUUUAAAGAAGAGACUGACAGAAAGAACUUAAAAUUGGAAGUUAAGGAGGAGCCAAACAAAAAAGUUAAGUAA